UGCUGUUAAAAGAAAAAGAACUAUUGAAAUAUUUCGGAAGAAACUGCUGCUCACGAGUAUAUAACCCUGAUUAAAUCUUCGAUCAAAUGGCAUAACACGAUUUAUGUUUUGUUUCAGAAAACGAACGGCGACUACGAUUGAUUUUACGAGAUCCCAAGUCGAUAUUGUGCCACGUCGAAAUCGGAACUCGGCUCGACUACGAUCUCAUUUCAUAGAGCCGACUUGUUUUUCCAUCGUCGACGACGCAAAAUUAUUUAAAAAGAAAUAUCAUUCUCAACAGACCAUGACCACCGCAUCGAUCAACGACAACGUGUUCGAGAUCCGAAAAUUAAACCAAUAUCUCGGAGCCUUCGUAGCGUCCCUGGGCGGUUUUGCGCUUGGCAUCUCACUAGGUUGGAAUUCAAAGGCUAGUGUUGUACUGAGGAAUUAUUUCGAUGCCACUGUAACUGAAAUCGGAUUGAUCGGGGGCAUUUUAAAUGGUGGCAUCUGUAUAGGAGCGAUAUCGAUGAUGUUUAUUGCAGGACGAGUCCCUAGAACGAAGAUCAUGUUCUGGACGAUGCCGGUUCUUCUUCUUACAUGGAUUCUAAUGAUCAGCCAUCGUGGACAGAAGGUUGUAUUAUUCCUUAUUGGAAGAUUUAUUUGUGGCAUCUGUGGCGGCGUAUUCUGUGUUCUGACGCCGAUAUACGUGGCCGAAAUAGCAAGCAAAGAAACUCGAGGGCGUUUGCUCGCGUUCUUUCAACUUCUUAUUAACUGUGGCGUGAUGUACGCUUUCUACGUAGCUCACGCAAUCACUGAAGUUGAAACUGUGUGGAGGUACAGCGCAAUUUGUGGGCUCGCGUGUCUUUCGAUCGCGCCAGUAAAAUUAUUACCUGAGAGUCCGCUCUACUAUUUGUCGAGGAACGACGAGAUCAAUGCAGAAAAGUCCUUGAGAUGGUAUCGCGGCGAUACUUACGAUGUCCAGCACGAAAUCAGCGAAACGAAGCGUCUCAUUCUUGCGACUAGCUCGAAAAAGUUUAGCUUGAAGUUGGUAAGAAAUCGCCGAGUACUUCGUUCCAUCGCAACUUGCUUUGGAGUAAUCCUGGCCCAACACUUGUGUGGCGUCAAUAUGAUGAUUUUCUACGCCCUGAUCCUCUUCGACACCAGCGGUUCCGGUGAACUAACCGGAAGCGAACAGACGUUGGUCGUCGGUGCCGUUCAAAUAUUGGUAUCUCUCUUGGCUGCGUUCCUCGUCGACGUACUUGGACGACGAAUUCUCCUCACCCUCUCCUCCCUUCUCAUGGGAUUGUUCCUUAUACUGCUAGGUUGGUUCUUUAGCCUACGCGACGCUGACCCCGAAAAUGACGACAUUUACUUCUGGAUGUCGCCCACAUGGAUCACUCUGAUCUUUGCCUCGUUCAAUCUAGGUCUUGGACCAAUUUCCUGGUCUCUGUUAGGCGACACGCUUCCGGAACAACUGAAGACACCAGUGGUUUCCGUUGCAGUUGCUUUCGGAUGGUUAAUCUCGCUGAUGGCCACGCUGACUUUCGACGAAAUGAUCAUUUCCCUAGGUGGCACGAAAGUCAUGUGGCUUUCUGCCGCCAUAUGCUGGUUAACGGGCCUAUUCUGUGCCAUCGUGGCUAAAGAUAACACUGGCAAAAGUCUAAUAGAAAUCCAAGAAAACUUUCGUAUCGAGUCUAACAGAGAACUAGCGAGAACCUGAUAGUUGUUCUCUAAUUUUUAUUACAAUUAGGAUUUCUUUUAGUCGUAUUUCGUAUUUUGAAUCUUGAACGAGGUGAAAACCCACCUUUUUUGUACUUUAUUCAGAUUCGGUCAAGAAAUUACGUGUUUUUAACUAUCUUUAAAGACAUUUUGUAGUUAAAGCAAAUAGAAAUGGAUCUCUGUAUAAUGGAUUGCGGAUUUUUAUGCAGUUUUAUAGUUUUAGGAACACAAUUGAGGAAACGGAACUCAAUAGAUUUAUUUCACCCAUUAGAUAUUAUUAUGAGUACUAUACUUCGGAUAUUUUUAUACAUAUUUAUAUAUUAUAUGUAUUACUGCAUCUUCGGAUUUCCUAUAAAUGCAUAAACAUUCGUAGUCUGAUGAUUGGUUUAUAAAAAAGUAUGUAUAAUGGACACAUAGUAAUUAUUGGUUCAAAUAAACCGCAAAGACGUUACUGUUUAACUUGACUCUUUCGGAUUAUUUUUUCAUGCCUUUUACACUUCCAAUUUACUUACUCGUGGCCAACGAUAAUUUAAUUUUUUUAUUUCGUAAAAAUUGCUAAAAAUAUAUGAUUCUACCAUUCUUAUACUUUUUAUAAACGCUUGAAACAAUUUCAAUGUAGAAUAUUAAUUAAAAUAAUAUUUCUCUAUUUUCUAUGAUCCAAAUUACUCAAUUUUUUCUUUAUUUCUGCUUCCUUUCGUUGUAACAGUAUUUAUACAAUUUUAAUAAAAAAAUAUAUCUAUCUCUUUCUAUUCCUUUUUUUUCACUAAAUUUUACUGAACUUUCAUCCAGAAGGACAUAUAAUUAGUGGCGACCUAAAUUACUUAUCUGCCUCCUUUGGCACAAAAAGAUAUAUUAACUCAAUCUUACCUUUACGAAACUUUCGGCAAUAAAUUCGGUAAAGUGUUAAAAGCAUUUGCGCAUAAACUAGCAAGAAGUAGCAGAAAUACUGUGGAAGUGUUGAUAAUACACAUGACGUAAACAAUUCCCCUCAUUUUUAUUGUAUUUUCUCUAGUUUCUACACUUCGAACCGUAAAAUGUUUCAAACUGAGGGAACUACAUACCGUUACUUUGAACGCCGCUGAAUCGUAAACCUUGCAAGCAAUUAUUUGCUUGUUUACUUGUAAUUGUAACUUGCCAUCGUUGGAUUUCUUCAUCGAAUUUAUUCAAAUUAUACGGUUCGUUUCAGCGUAUCCUCGUUCAGUUUUUGCUUUUUAAUCGAAAAGAAAAAUUAAUUGCGACGCCAAUACUACGAAAUAAUGAUAAUAACAGAAAGUAUCGACAUUGUAAAUUGUAAUACAAGAAAAUAAACGAAAAUGAUUUUUUAUUCGAUACAAUAAUUUUAUCGAAAACUAGUAAAUUAAACAAUCCGUAAAAAAUAUUUCUGACAAAUUCUCGAACUUCUCGUCCAAUAUUAACAUAUUGUAAUGGAUAAUAAACUCGGCUUUCAUUUUCAUCUUUCAGUUUCGUUCUUUUGUUUAGCGCAUUAUUUAGAAUUGCAAAAAUUUUUUGUUAGGCUCUCAAGAGUCAAACUGAUCAGUUUAACCUUUUGUUAAUUUCUUAAUUUCACUAUACAAAUACACGAUUAAUGUUUAAUUUUCAAGAGACAAAUAACUUAUUUUCAUAAACACUGUGAAAAAAGGGUGACACAAAUAAUAAUGAAUGACAAGAUGAAUUUAAAAAAUAAUGUUUGUAACAUCAUUAUUUUUCUGUACUUUUCAACUUAUGAAGUUGAUCAAUGUGGCUCUUGAACGCUUCAUAGGACAAAAAAAAGUAUCUACAAAAAUGCUGAUCCUUAUAUCGUACACCUUAUAUAUUUUCCAUACUAUUGUAUAUGCAUUCUAUGUGUUGUUGUGCUUUUAAAUUUUCUGUAAAUACAUAAUAACCCACAGUCUAGCAACAAUCAGGCAGUACAAAUAUUUCAAAUAAUAGUAGAUUCAACUACGUAUUCAACGGUUAGUUUCGAAUUAUGAUAUUCUCGAUUCCUGGUCUCGAGUUUGUCAGUCGUACGGUCUCAAUAGGUUAACGAGAACACUUAUCGGGCUCUGUAUCGAAUGGAAUGGCUUGCGUUUGUUGGCCGUCGUCCAAAAAGACGCCAAAGAAGAUUCGCGGACGUAUUUUGUUUCGGAUCUGAUAUAUUGCAAACAGAUGCAACGAAUCCUCGUGCAACCUUUUGACAAAAAUAACAUAGCGAAGGCGAUCGUUCGAGUCGCGGAACGAUUUCAUUAAGCGCCCCUUUUAUAUUUACCCCCGACGUCUGUAAUUGACGAUAUGAGACGCAAGUUUUACUUCGAAAUCUAUAUGUUCCGUCAGUCUCUUCGAAAUGUAUAAGCGAGUAAAAAGAACUGAGAAUGAAGCUAUUUUUGUAAAAAGGAAAUAUAAAUUGGAAAAUGUUUCGUUUAAAAUAAUGGCUGGUGACUUUAAUCGUACAAUUAAUAGAUUAAUUUUUGUUAUUAUUGUUAUUUAUAAAAAGUAUAGUAUUACUUAUGAUAUAGUAUAGCUUAUAAAGAUUGAAUUUAUAAUACGAAUUGCAAGUACCAGAAACUGUGAUUAAUUUAAACUCUAUAUAAUUUGAAAAUUGAAUUUAUUGAUCUAUAAGUUGCGGGAUAAGUAUAAAUUUGCUGACAAAGACAUUGAAUGCAAUAGAUGACUUUAUCCAAACCAUAAAUAUAUUUAUACUCAUAGAAUGGUACGAAUGGUAAAUCAAUAUUGCUUGCAAUGGCACAUAGAACUUUGAUUGCAACAUGACUCCAAAUUUUUACGUCCCAUUCCUUUUAUGUUUUCUUUCAAUAGCCUUCUAUUUCUCUCAUAUACACGCCUUUUCUAUCCUUUUUAUUUUCUAUUCGACUUUUUUCCAAUACAAGUAAAAUAUUAAAUUUUUCAAAAUCUAAAAAAAAUUAAUGCUUUAUUAUUGUUUUAAAACUUAGUUGUUAUUUUAAAUAAAGUGAAAUUUAAUUAUACUUUGAAGCAUUAUUACGUGAAUUUUUAUUAUGCCUUUGCUAUUUAAUCCUUUCAAGGUCGAUUCUUUUAACUCUCUGAGAAAAAUGAUUUCUUGUGUGAUAUUAAUUAUAAUGGCUUCGUGAGAGAGACCUAAUGUAUUAUAUUUUAAGCUGUUAUAUAUUUAUAUUAUGUUAUAGUAUGUUAUGUUAUAUAUUAUGUUUUAUCGGACACAGUUUACAUUUCCCCUUUACACAAUAUCGAUUUCGAGAGUAAAAAGGAUAACUCUUACGAUUGUCUUUCAGCUUAUUGUACCUUUAAGCAUUUAAUGAAUCAUUCUAAUACAGUUGUAUUUCUAAAAUAUAUUCAAAUUUUCUUUCAUUAAUCCAAGACAUUUCAUGCUACACGCCGACAGUGUAUAAUCUCGUUCCUUUAUUAAUAACGAGUUUGCUGUUCAAAGUUUCUUUGUUCUCGUGUCUCUAUUUCUUUCAAGAUUGAUGAAAUAAGAAGAAAUUGUUUGAUGCUAGAAAUACUACACUUUCCAGGUUUCUGAUAUUCCUUUUCUUAUACCUUAGAAAUAAAAGCUAGGAAAUAACCUACUGUUAUUUUAAACGACAUACGAAAACCAAUUAUUUCCCUUUAAAAGUCAAAAUCUGCAAAUAAUUGUAUUCUUUAAUAAGAAUAAAAAUUUUCAUCAAUCUAUUAAUAGAUCCAAAUGAACUAACAAUCUUUCUCGAACUAACAAAAGUCAAGUUUUGUUGCAUUAAUCAUAAAAUAGAAAUGAAGGAACAUUACCGUUCGAUAAUCAAUCUUAUAUUAAAUAGGCCUUUCAUUUUUAAGUAUGUAGUAUACGCGUAGUACAUAUGUAGUAUAAGUACACUAUAGCACAAUCCUCAUUCCUUUAAGCGUAAAAUAUAAAAAGUAUGCAAAAACUUGAAGGUUUAAAAACUUUAAUUUAUUCACCGACUUCUUUACCAAAUUUCGGCUAAGAUAUUAAUAUAGUUUAACACAAACGAGAUACUAAAUCGAUCUAUCACCACACAUCGUUUUUGGUUUUAAACUAUUCAAAUUUUAAUUUUGUCGAUUGAAUCGGUCCAAAAUGACGUAUAAACGUUAAUUACUUAACGUAUCAUCUUGUUUUUGAAUUAUUGAUUAAUAUUCCGUUAAUAUUUGAAAUGCAAAUUAAUUGUUUUUAUUACUUUGUUUGAUCAAAGUCUAGAGUACAUUAUUAUCCUUAAUUAUAUUAUUAUCUUAUUACAUUUUAAUAGACGCUCUGUGGUUUCUGCAAUCUGUUACAGAAUGCUUCCUAUAGUAAAUAAUCGAUUUGUUUCAUUGCUUUCGAUAUUUUGUUUCGUUCCCCUAAUUAAUUAAUUUAACUUCUUUAAAAAUCAAAAUGUAAAAUAAUCCUAUUAUUUGAAAUAAAAAACUUCGAAUUAAAUUGCAUUUUUG